GUGUAACAGAAGGCUAUUGGAAGCGUACCUUGGUUGGCAUAUCGUGGUGUCAGAUUGCGUUCAAAAUAACACAAUAAGCUUUGACGGUCAAUUUUUAUGCGUGUAUUUAGAAUGAACUUGAAGAUGGAAGGGAAGCCCGAAGUCCUAUGUCGGGUGUGUGGCGACAAAGCUUCUGGAAAGCAUUAUGGGGUACCCUCGUGCGAUGGCUGCAGAGGAUUCUUUAAACGAAGCAUAAGACGGAAUCUUGACUAUGUCUGCAAAGAAAAUGGAAGAUGCGUGGUGGACGUAAGCAGACGGAACCAAUGUCAAGCAUGCCGCUUCUCAAAGUGCUUACGCGUCAACAUGAAGAAAGAUGCAGUUCAACACGAGCGCGCCCCGCGACCACUCGUCAAUCAGCAUCAGCUGGCUCUUCAAAAACUGGGCUAUAGUUUAACACGACAGCCUUCAUUCUUACCGGCAACCAGCCCCGUUGCUCUCUCUACCUUACCCCCUUAUCCCUACACCGCGCUGUCCGAUAGAAUGCACAACUCCUUUUUGGAAAACGCUCCCUUCACCAACUUUUCGACAGCCCAGGAAUCAAUGGAUGUCUCUCACCUAGGACUGCUUAGUGGUUCAAGCGCACUUAGUGCCUUCAAUCCAUUUAAGAUUCCACUUUUCCCUACCCCUUUACACUAUCCUGUUCCGGGGUAUCUGUCGACGAAUAUGUUUUACCCUCCAAUUAUGAGCCCCGACAAUAUGGCGUGUGGUGAUCCACAAAAAACAAUUCCAAACAGCUUGAACUAUUCAAGAUAUCCAUUUCCUUACCAUAGCAAUCUGUCUGUGAAACCGGACCCUCAACUUUCGGAGAAACAAAAAGAAGAUGAGGUAUCUAGUUCUGAGGAAGCGUGCAAAAUUGAUACUUGCAAGGAAGACUCAAAUUACAGCUUCCAUGAGCAGUCCUCGAGCCAUUUUGAACCAUCAAUGCCUUAUGCUACAAAAAAAUUUGAGAAACAACAACAUGCACCGAAUUUGAACAAAAAUGAUUUCAAUUUGAUCAACCAGUCAAGAGAGGAAAUAAAAGCUGAAACGACAAUGAAACGUGAUUUUAAUAUGGGCUACAAGAUAAAACUACAAAAAUCUGUUUUCUCGGAUAUAGAAUUAUACGAUUCUGCCUCUAAAUUGUUGGUAGCCACGAUAAAAUGGUUACACACCGUCGCAUCAUUCGAACAAAUGUCUCAUAGUGAACAAACCUGCUUGCUUCACAGCAAUUGGAAAGAACUAUUCAUAAUGCAUGCUGCACAGUGCUCUUAUUACUUUGAUGAAGAUCACGUAUCAUCGGUUAUCGCUUCUAAGCGCCCAAGUGUCAAGGAGGAACUGAGAAAACUGACAACACUUCUCAAGAAGAUUGCACUGUGUAGAUUAGAUAAAACUGAAUUCGAUUGCCUAAAGACAUCGCUAUUAUUUCGGACAGAUACCCUAGACAUUGGAAGACAAACCCAAAUGGAGGUCUACCAGGAAAAGACGUUAAUGCAACUGCAGCGGCAUUGCUCCGCGAAGGAUACCAGCAGAUUCGGAAAACUCUUGCUACUCUUGCCCAGCGUGUGUUUCGUAGCGAAUCGAGGGUAUCUGGAACACCUCUUGUUCUCCACGUCUUUGACUGAAGAUAUCAACGCAACCAUAUCUCGGAUAUAUACUUACACCUCCAUGUGAAUAGUGUUAUUACUAUUACCUAUUUUUCUUUAACGUAAUGGAACCUCAAGUAAGCUAAGCCCUUUCCCACUUCAGGAUAGGGACAAUAUAGCGAGAUUCCAGAAGCAAAAAUCUAAUCAAUCAAUCAAAGCGCAAGUAAUUUUUGCGUAAUAAGUAAUGGUGCGCUCCUAUUCCAAAAUGUCACAUUUUUGCGUAAUCCACGUUCGAAAUUCACUGGAUUUAACUUCUAGAAAAAAUACUUGAGUCGAUAUUGUAAAGUUGAUUUCAAACUACGGAAAAUAAUAUAAUAUUUAAAGUAUCGCUCACCCUACUUUUAAAUGUCACUGUUCACACUGUGAUGUAAUAAUAUUUCAUCUAAGUAAGUGUGAACAGUUACAUUUAAAAGCAGGGUGAGCGAUAUUUAUACAUUAUAUUAUAUUUCCGUAGUUUGAAGGCAACUUCUAGUUAACUUCGCAUAUCAUGUGAACUACAUAUUAUGUAGAUGCCUAUAAAUUAUGAAUAUUUGUUUAUUGAAUAAUACAGAAAAUUAAGUUAAGGCAUUUCUACAUAAUAUAUUUACGAACUGUUUUUUCUUUUGUUUUAUUUUAAUUAUACAUACCUAUUAUAUUAUUUUUAUCUAGAAGAACUAGACGAGUUAUAGAAUAUGAAGUUAUCUUAUAGUAUAAAUUCCAUACAGUAAAAAUUAUAA